UGAAAAGAAUCUGGCCCAAUUUUUGACACAAGAGCAGUAUACACUUGACAUUAAUAAAAGUAUUGCUUCUGAGAUCAUUCAAAAAUAUGAGCCUAUUGAAGAAGUUAAACAAGCACACCAGAUGUCAUUUGAAGGUUUUACAAGAUACAUGGAUUCGUCUGAAUGUCUACUAUUUAAUAAUAAGUAUGAAAGUGUUUAUCAAGAUAUGACUCAUCCACUGAGUGAUUAUUUUAUUUCAAGUUCACAUAAUACGUACUUGAUAUCUGACCAAUUAGUGGGACCAAGUGACCUUUGGGGAUAUGUAAGUGCCCUUGUGAAAGGAUGCCGUUGCCUGGAAAUUGACUGCUGGGAUGGAUCACAAAAUGAACCUGUUGUAUACCAUGGUUAUACAUUCACCAGCAAGCUUCUGUUUAAAACUGUUAUCCGAGCGAUACACAAAUACGCAUUCAUAACAUCUGACUACCCAGUGGUGCUCUCUUUAGAAAAUCACUGCUCCCCUUCCCAACAAGAAGUGAUGGCAGACAAUUUGCAGUCUACUUUUGGCGACGCCUUGCUUUCUGAUACUCUUGAUGAUUUUCCAGACAAAUUACCUUCACCAGAGGCAUUAAAAUUCAAAAUAUUAGUUAGAAACAAGAAAAUAGGAACUUUAAGGGAAACCCGUGAAAGGAGAGGUUCUGAUAAGCAUGGUCAGGUAGAGGAAUGUGAAGAAGAAGAGGAGGCAGAGCAAGAGGAGGAGGAAUAUGAGGCCAAAGGACCAGAACCAUCGGAUGCUUUUCAAGAUGAUUUGGAAAAGGAGGCAGAGUCAAAAGGGGCAGUCAGAAUUCCACUCUUCAAGAAAAAGUUAAAAAUAGCUACGGCCCUAUCUGAUCUUGUUAUUUAUACUAAAAUUGAGAAGUUCAGAAGUUUUCACCAUUCAAGACUGUAUCAACAAUUUAAUGAAAGUAACUCUAUUGGGGAGUCACAAGCCCGAAAACUUUCAAAGUUGAGAGCCAAUGAAUUUAUUCUUCACACCACAAAGUUCAUUACCAGAAUAUAUCCCAAAGCAACAAGAGCAGACUCUUCUAAUUUUAAUCCUCAAGAAUUUUGGAAUGUAGGUUGUCAAAUGGUGGCCUUAAAUUUCCAGACCCCUGGUCUGCCUAUGGAUCUUCAAAAUGGGAAAUUUUUGGAUAAUGGUGGUUCUGGAUAUAUUUUGAAACCACACUUCCUAAGAGAUAGUAAAACAAAGUUUAAUCCAAAUAAAGCACUAAUGGACAGUAAUCCAAUCAUACUUAUGAUAAGGCUCAUCAGUGGGAUCCAGUUGCCUCCCAGUUAUCAUUCAUCAUCUAACAAAGCUGACACAUUAGUGAUUAUAGAAAUUUUGGGAGUUCCAAAUGAUCAAAUGAAACAGCAGAGUCGUGUAAUUAAAAAAAAUGCUUUUAGUCCAAGAUGGAAUGAAACAUUCACAUUUAUUAUUCAGGUGCCAGAAUUGGCAUUGAUACGUUUUGUUGUUGAAAAUCAAGGUUUAAUAGCUGGAAAUGAAUUUCUUGGGCAAUAUACUCUACCAGUUCUAUGCAUGAACAAAGGUUACCGUCGUGUUCCUCUGUUUUCCAAAAUGGAGCCUCAAAUAGAAAACAUGCAGAGUGCAAUCUAGACUUACCCUGACUUUUGUUUGGGGGAUGGUGACCACGGGAGGCCACUGAUGCUGAUUGCUGAGACAUAAAGUUGCCCUAUUUUUGGAAAGAAGAGUGGAGAAACUCCCUGUAGCUGUAUAAAGGAGGUGCAUGGAAGAAGUCUCUCGAGUAGCCACAAACCAGAUGCUUCUCGGCCCUUACACCCUGCUUCCUACAGAACCCCCCACUGGCUCUCCUUAAAUCCAGGCCCCCGACCCCCAACGACGUCCCCACUCAUGCAGGAAGUAGCCAGAGACAAAACGUCGCCCCAAUCCAUCAAAGAAGUCGGGAUGUAAGGUCCGUUGGCCCGGGUGAAAGGAGGCCCGGGGGGUAAGAGAAAACAUCGACCAGUAUGAGGUAGGAGAGGCAUUGGGACAUAACGACCUCACCUGUUCUGGGAAUCAACAAGAGACUCUAACUUCCUGCCCAGAAAACAACGGGGCUGACGGGAAGGGAAAAUGGGCUUACGCCCCACAACAGACCAACCAACACCUGGCCCUGCUGUAUCCUCACCAAAUAAGGAAUUACCCUGUAUAGCAAACCACCCCCUCCCCUUGCAAGCCGCCUUCUGCUUUUACCCCAAUAAAAAUUCCCCUCAUCCAGUACUGGACGCGACUUCUCUGGCCCCUUUCUC